AUGUGCGAGGAGGAGGACAGCACCGCCCUGGUGUGUGACAAUGGCUCUGGGCUCUGUAAGGCCGGCUUUGCGGGGGAUGAUGCUCCCAGGGCUGUUUUCCCAUCCAUCGUGGGACGUCCUCGACAUCAGGGGGUGAUGGUGGGAAUGGGACAGAAAGACAGCUACGUGGGCGAUGAAGCACAGAGCAAAAGAGGAAUCCUGACCCUGAAGUACCCGAUAGAGCACGGCAUCAUCACCAACUGGGAUGACAUGGAGAAGAUCUGGCACCACUCUUUCUACAAUGAGCUUCGUGUUGCACCUGAAGAGCAUCCAACCCUGCUCACCGAGGCACCCCUGAACCCCAAGGCCAACCGGGAGAAAAUGACCCAGAUUAUGUUUGAGACUUUCAAUGUCCCAGCCAUGUAUGUGGCUAUUCAGGCGGUGCUGUCCCUCUAUGCCUCUGGACGUACAACUGGCAUUGUGCUGGACUCUGGAGACGGUGUCACCCACAACGUGCCCAUCUAUGAGGGCUACGCCCUGCCCCACGCCAUCAUGCGUCUGGACCUGGCUGGCCGAGAUCUCACCGACUACCUCAUGAAGAUCCUGACCGAGCGAGGCUAUUCCUUCGUGACCACCGCUGAGCGUGAGAUUGUCCGGGACAUCAAGGAGAAACUGUGCUACGUAGCCCUGGACUUUGAGAAUGAGAUGGCCACCGCCGCAUCCUCCUCCUCCCUCGAGAAGAGCUAUGAGCUGCCUGAUGGGCAGGUGAUCACCAUCGGGAAUGAGCGUUUCCGCUGCCCCGAGACCCUGUUCCAGCCCUCAUUCAUCGGGAUGGAGUCUGCUGGCAUCCAUGAGACCACAUACAACAGCAUCAUGAAGUGUGAUAUUGAUAUCAGGAAGGACCUCUAUGCUAACAACGUCCUCUCUGGGGGUACCACCAUGUACCCCGGCAUUGCUGACCGCAUGCAGAAAGAGAUCACGGCCCUGGCCCCCAGCACCAUGAAGAUCAAGAUCAUCGCCCCUCCCGAGCGCAAAUACUCUGUCUGGAUUGGCGGCUCCAUCCUGGCCUCCCUGUCCACCUUCCAGCAGAUGUGGAUCAGCAAGCAGGAAUACGAUGAGGCCGGGCCAUCCAUCGUCCACCGCAAAUGUUUCUAA